AUGGCUCAAGUCGCCAGACGCGGUGACGACAGCAUCUUGACCUGGCUCGAACAGGUCAUUCCAGUCUGCGAACAGCCUCUUUUGAACCCGCCUUCCAUCCAGAUCGCGCCACCUAAGAAGCGCAAACGGUCUUCCGCCGUCACCAACCGUCACGCCCUUGCCUCUCCCCCGCCUUCGAUGAGCGCCGUCUCCCGCAUGAGUACCCGGACCCCGACGAGGAGGAAGCGCCGGGCAGCAGCGGAAGAUGGGGACGAUGACGCACCGGUCGACCUGGAAACUACACCACGACAACGAGGAGAUUACCCAGCUUGGUCAAUACUCGCCCCUCCUCGGCUCUUUUCUACACCCCAGGCAGCAUGGGAAUCGAGUAGUGUCCAGUCGGCCACGAGCUCUGGCGUCUCUACAAGGUCGGGCCAGCACUCUCCAAGUAAGGAAUUGGCGAGGCUUGCCCUGGGCCCCGGUGCCCUUGUCACGCAACCCCUGGCCCUGACGGAAGCAUUGCCACCGAUGCUGUUUGAUAUGCUUAAAGAUGCUCUUAAAAAAGAGGCAGAAACCAGACGCACCUUCGAGAUUUAUCAACAUAUGUUUGUUCCGAACGAGGCGCGUGAUCUACUAGGCCCGACUCCGUCAGUCUCUGAGGUGAUGGACAUUGUGGAGGACGCACGUCGCUGCAAUUCGAGGGUCGAAUACGAAGAUGGUUGGAUAUCCGGCGUCCAUUUCCCGCUCCUGCGUCUUGCUCUUAACGGGAAAAGAGGGCCCGCCAGUGAUCUGCUGGACGUGCUCAUCACAACUCACGCCAAAGCUACUCGCAGGUAUAGUCCUCUCGCCAGCCAGAAAUCGAGGAUGGUAGAUUUGUGUCUCGUCGCAUGUCCAUCCAACUUAGUGGACCCAACCGCUGUCGCUGCGAAAAAAGCCAUCGAUGUCUUGCGCACAAGGCUUCCCGGCUCAUCCAUCAACCAUAGCGACGCCCCCCCGCUACUGGACGUCCCAAUCGUGAUCAGCAUCGAAGUCAAAAGGAGCGGCGGCGACGAACAGCGACAAACACUUCAAGUUGGCACUUGGCAGGCCGCAUAG